AUGCCCAACGGAUGCUGCGGAUGCGGCGGCGGGAAUAACUACACCGUGUGCUGCUACAGCAGCCCCCGCUGCUGCAAGACCCCCAUGUGCUGCAGCCCCAUGCAGUGCUGCAGCCCCUGCUGCAUGCCCAUGCAGUCCUGCUGCAUGCCCACGUCCUGCUGCUACACCAUCAGCAGCAACAACAACGGCGGCUGCUGCGGCGGCUGCUGCGGCGGCAACUGAGCUCGCCCGGCGGUGCCCGGCUCGGACACGGAUGUGGACGUGGAUGUGGACGUGGAUCCCAGCCCAGACGCUCUUCCUGCUGUGCUUGGACGCUGAGAACUUCUCUUUUUGCUGCCUUUAGUGCCCAGGUGCUUGGCUGCGCCCUGGAGCCGCUGCCCAGCGAGUUUCUGGCGCUGCUCUUCCUUCCCCUCUUGGUGAUGGGAUGUUCGGUGCUGUCUCCUUCUCCCUUCUCUUUCUUUAAUCCCCAAUUAGCCAUGAAAGCCAAUAAAAUUUAUAACUUCUGAUCCUGCAAA